AUGGCAGAAGGAGGAGAUGCAGAAUGGGAGCUAAGCAAAGAAAACAUUCAGCCACUGAGGCGGGGCAGAGCCAUAUCAGCGCUACACCAGGCACUCAGUCAACAACAGGAGGGGCUCAGCUCUGUCAUUAACCAACAGAAGCAGGUGUUUGAAUCUGAACUGCGGAUAUAUGAUGGAGAUGAUCCACUUGAUGUUUGGGAUCGGUAUGUCAAGUGGACAGAACAAACCUUUCCUCAGGGAGGAAAAGAGAGCAACCUUGCCAUGUUGUUGGAGCGAGCUGUGACGCGGUUCACAGAGGAAAAUAAAUAUCAUAAUGAGCCUCGCUAUGUUGAUCUCUGGGUCAAAUUUGCAGAGCACUGUACAGAGCCCAUGGACAUUUACAGAUAUAUGCAAGCCCAGGGAAUAGGGGUGACACAGGCUUCUUUCUACAUUGCUUGGUCUGAAGAGUAUGAGAAACUGGGUAACUGCAGACAAGCAGACAUUGUCUGCCAAGAAGGCUUCAAAAGUGGUGCUGAACCGCAAGAUAAACUCUUGCAGUUUCACAAGGCUCUUCAGGCACGUGUGUCACGGCAGGUGAUGACCAGUAUGGUGCUGGACAACAGUGAUGAUGAAGCCAAGCAACCUGAGAGAGUUUCUCUGGUUGACCUCAAGCACAAGGGGAAGAAAAGGGCAGUUAUUCCUGUCAAUAGAAUUGGGGCUGCAAUCAGCAGUAAGCAUCAAGGUCUACAGUUACAGGAAGCUGCAGGCCCCAGCGGGGCUAAAAACAAACGCUUCAUGGUCUUCGACGAAAACGCAGAUCCAAACACUAAACCUUCAGAACCAGUGUUGGAGCCUUGGAUGGCCCCUCCCCCUGCAAGGUCGAAGGAGAAUGAACAGAAGCCGGAAAAAUGGAGUGAUGUCAAGAUGCCUCAGAAGACCAGGUUUGGUCAUACUGUUGUAGGUCCUCCUGUGACCAAACCAAGCUUCCAGCCAUUCGUCGAAGAGUCAGACCAGCCUCCAAAAAUGACUCCCUGUAAAAUUAACCCUGCUGUGAACACGGUCCUAUCAGCACGCAAGCCCGGCAGUGAGGAGACCCCUUUAAAAAGACUGCAGGACCAUCGGCAACAGCAGCAGGAAAUGGAAGGAGGCAAAGUACAAGAACAAAGCAUGUACUGCAGGGAGUUGCUCUUCAGUGGCACAACAGAGUUCUCCUUUGAGGAACUGCGUGCUGAGCGCCUCCGUCAAAAAAAAUGACACUGUUUAAUGCUUA